AUGGCGGACCUGGAGGCCGUGCUGGCCGAUGUCAGCUACCUGAUGGCCAUGGAGAAGAGCAAGGCCACCCCGGCAGCCCGCGCCAGCAAGAAGAUCGUGCUGCCCGAGCCCAGUAUCCGGAAUGUGAUGCAGAAGUAUCUCGAGGAGAGAAAUGAGAUAACCUUCGACAAGAUUUUCAAUCAGAGAAUCGGUUUCUUGCUAUUUAAAGAUUUUUGUUUGAAUGAAAUUAAUGAAGCUGUCCCUCAGGUGAAGUUUUAUGAAGAGAUCAAAGAGUACGAGAAGCUGGACAACGAGGAGGACCGCCUGUGCAGGAGCCGGCAGAUCUACGACACCUACGUCAUGAAGGAGCUGCUGUCCUGUUCCCACCCAUUCUCCAAGCAAGCUGUGGAACACGUACAGAGUCAUCUGUCCAAGAAGCAAGUGACAUCGACACUCUUUCAGCCUUACAUAGAAGAGAUCUGCGAAAGUCUUCGAGGCGACAUUUUUCAAAAAUUUCUGGAAAGCGACAAAUUCACUAGAUUUUGUCAGUGGAAAAACGUAGAAUUAAAUAUUCAUUUGACCAUGAACGACUUCAGUGUACAUAGGAUCAUCGGACGGGGAGGAUUUGGGGAAGUGUACGGUUGCAGGAAAGCGGACACUGGAAAAAUGUACGCCAUGAAAUGCCUGGAUAAGAAGCGCAUCAAGAUGAAGCAAGGAGAGACGCUGGCCCUGAAUGAGCGGAUCAUGCUGUCCCUCGUCAGUACAGGAGACUGCCCUUUCAUCGUGUGCAUGACCUACGCCUUCCACACCCCGGAUAAGCUCUGCUUCAUCCUCGACCUCAUGAACGGGGGCGACCUGCACUAUCACCUUUCCCAGCACGGGGUGUUCUCUGAGAAGGAGAUGCGCUUCUAUGCCACGGAAAUCAUCCUGGGGCUGGAGCACAUGCACAGCCGGUUCGUCGUGUACAGGGACCUGAAGCCCGCAAAUAUCCUCCUGGAUGAGCACGGACACGUGAGGAUAUCAGAUCUUGGUCUCGCCUGUGAUUUUUCAAAAAAGAAGCCUCAUGCGAGUGUGGGCACCCAUGGGUACAUGGCUCCUGAGGUGCUGCAGAAGGGGACAGCCUACGACAGCAGCGCAGACUGGUUCUCCCUGGGCUGCAUGCUCUUCAAACUCCUGAGAGGCCACAGCCCUUUCAGACAACAUAAAACCAAAGAUAAGCAUGAAAUAGACCGGAUGACCCUCACCAUGAACGUGGAGCUCCCGGACACCUUCUCCCCUGACCUCAAGUCCCUCCUGGAGGGCCUGCUGCAGCGGGAAGUGAGCCAGCGGCUGGGCUGUCACGGAAGCGGUGCCCAGGAGGUGAAAGGACAUGGCUUCUUCAAGGGCAUCGACUGGCAGCACGUCUACCUGCAGAAGUACCCACCACCCCUCAUCCCUCCCCGGGGAGAGGUCAAUGCUGCGGAUGCCUUUGACAUCGGCUCCUUUGAUGAAGAGGACACCAAAGGCGUUAAGCUGCUGGACUGCGACCAGGAGCUCUACAGGAACUUCCCCCUGGUCAUCUCCGAGCGCUGGCAGCAGGAAGUCACAGAAACCGUCUACGAAGCCGUCAAUGCAGACACGGACAAGGUGGAGGCCAGGAAGAGGGCCAAGAACAAACAGCUGGGCCACGAGGAAGAUUACGCGCUGGGCAAGGACUGCCUCCUGCACGGCUACAUGCUGAAGCUGGGCAACCCGUUCCUCACGCAGUGGCAGCGCCGCUACUUCUACCUCUUUCCCAACAGACUCGAGUGGAGGGGAGAAGGCGAGUCGCGGCAAAAUCUACUGACCAUGGAACAAAUCCUCUCUGUGGAAGAAACUCAGAUUAAAGACAAAAAGUGCAUUUUGUUCAGAAUAAAAGGAGGGAAACAGUUUGUCCUGCAGUGUGAGAGCGACCCCGAGUUCGCGCAGUGGAAGAAGGAGCUGACCGAGACCUUCACCGAGGCCCAGCGGCUCCUGCGCCGCGCGCCCAAGUUCCUCAACAGGCCUCGGGCCAGCCUGGUGGAGCUCUCCAAGCCCCCGCUGUGCCACCGAAGCAGCAAUGGCCUGUAGCGCGAGAGUGGGAGAGACGAGGGCCUCCGGGAGGCCACACCGGGCUCUCCACGUGGGGCGGAGCCUGGGGUCGGUGCGGACGUGCCAGGCUGUGGCGGAGGUGCCGGGCACUGGGACCUUUCAUCCGCUGCCAGGAGGCCCCGGGCGGGCGCCAGAUGCCCCCAAAGGGAGUUGGACCUCUCCAGGCGCGGCCGACCCUGCGCCACCAAGUGGUGCUGGCCCGCACUGGAGACUACUGAGGACACAAGCUCCUUUUCUUUGCUAGACACUUAUUUUGGUACCUCCAAGCUGGAAUUGAAACAUCCCUACUCGGCACUUAAUUUUUCAGUCUGAUGUCAGACAUCUCAGACUUCCCCAGGGGCCCUGGAGGUCCACAGUGCUGGGUGCCGGGUGCCCUGCGGUGGCCGGGCUCUGCUGUCGCAGAUGCUGGCUCCAAUGUCCCAGGGCCGGGGUAGGGGGCUGCGGAGCGCGUCCCUGCACACUGGAGAAUCGGCGCCUGACGGGCAGGUGGGGGUGGCAAAUGGGGUUCACUUGCCAGCCCCCCCCCCCAGAGUCCCUGGUGUUCCCAGGGAGAGUAGUGAGGUGACAGACUGGGGACCAGGGCAGCAGUGGGACACCUCUGGGCGCCCAGGUCACAAGCACCCUGGCUACAGCUGGCUUGGAGUCCACCCUGAGCCCCUGUAGAACACUGUGGUUCUGGAACCUUCUGCCUGACCCUGAGAAGCGGUCAGCCGUGAUGUGUAGGAGGAGGAAGGGAAUCUGGCUGCUUCACCUUGAGCCUAAUUUGAGAUGAUUUUAAUUUGAAAAACAAAAGCUGAGGAACAAAUAUGGGAGGUGGCCGUGUGGGGACUCUCUUGUCCCAUGGUGGUGGGUCCCUCUGCACUGGCCUCUCUGGGGAGGGGCCCUCCGUCCAGCAGAAAGGACCCAGCGCCUCCUCCCCAGUGUUUCGUCCCCACCCCUCCAUGCCUGUUGACGCCCCCAUUAAAUGCUGGGUGACAGAACCAGCAAAGUCCCCCAGGCCAUCAGGCUAAAAAGUCCUUUCCAAAGUCUACACAUUCAUCCAGUUCCUGGUGUAGUUUUACUGUAUGUCUUAAAUUAAUUACUAACAAUAUAAAUAACUUGUCGUCUCGAU